UGAUUAUAAAGCACUAGAUAAGUAUAAUCAUUUAAUAUAUUUUAUAUAAUCGCACACACACACACAUACACACACGCACAUGCACAACAGUCCACAGUACCUAAUAAGACUAAGUAAUGGUACAUCAUAUAAAAUUCUGAAAUCAAGAUUUAAAAUUUUUUCGUAAAAUGAAGUGGUUUUGUUUGAUUUUUUUGUGCGCGUUGAAUUUGGCGGAAUGUUACAAAAUUUUAGUCGUAUUCCCAGCGGCGGCGCCCAGUCAUUUUAUCUUGGGCAACGCUUUGGGAAGAGGACUGGCGAUAGCAGGCCAUGAAGUAACCGUACUUAGUCCUUUCCAGGAUAAAAAUCCCCCGAAGAAUUACAGAGAGGUAGUUUUAACGGGAUUUAUUGAAGAAAAAAGCGAGGCUAUGCCAUUUAGCGUCUUCGACAUGGAACACAUGCACCCAUGGCUAAGCGUAUACCUUAUGAAUCAUUUCGGUACCGUUGCAGUUAACAAAACUUUCGAACAUCCAAACUUCAAGAAACUACUAAACGAAAAAUUCGACUUAAUUAUUAUAGAACAAUUUAAAAAUGAAGCAAUGAAAGUUCUGAGCUGUCACUUCAACGCUCCACUGGUAAUGUUUAGUACCAUCGGUGCGAACGUUUGGGUCAACACAGAUACUGCCAAUCCAUCUCCGCCAUCUUAUGUACCGGACCUUUUCUUAAGUUAUUCGAGUAAGAUGAACUUGUGGCAAAGGACUUUCAAUUCGUUGACGAAGCUGUUUCAAGUAUUGAACAACAAUCUGGUAUUUUUCCCCUCUCAGAGGAAAUUCGUGCAACAAUAUUUUCCGAAAUGUGCCGAUUACGAAUUUAAUAACGUAAGUUUAUAUCUGCUAAACUCGCACGAAAGUACCUCGGAACCGGUACCGCUGGUACCCAGUAUGAUCAAUAUCGGCGGCUUCCACAUCAAUCCGCCCAAGGAAUUACCGAAAGAUCUCAAGGAGUACCUAGAUAACGCGAAAGAUGGCGUUAUCUACUUUAGCAUGGGUUCUAAUAUUCCGUUUUCUCAAGUCAAGCCCGAAAUUAAAGACACUUUAAUUAAGGUGCUGGGGAAAUUGAAGCAGAAAGUUUUGUGGAAAUACGAUGAGGAUACGUUGCAUGGAAAGCCUGAUAAUGUAAAACUGGGAAAGUGGUUUCCACAAUCAGAUAUUUUGGCGCAUCCAAAUGUCAAAUUAUUCAUCACUCAUGGAGGAUUACUGAGUACCUUGGAAACAAUUUAUCAUGGAGUACCGGUACUCACUUUACCUGUGUUCGCAGAUCAAAAACUAAACGCAGCCAGAAUGGAAACUCUUGGUUAUGGAGUGAAACUUACGUUCUCGGCUCUUACCGAAGAAGAUUUGACUGAAGCUUUAAAUAAGCUAUUAAACGAUCCAAAGUACCGAGAAAAUGCUAAACUGAGGUCAAAACUAUUCCACGACCGACCCAUCAAACCCAUGGACGAAAUGGUAUACUGGGUUGAGUACAUCGUUAGACAUAAAGGAGCACCACAUUUACAGGUAGCUGGAAAACAUUUACCAUGGUACCAAUAUUUACUUCUGGACGUUGUUCUCUUGGUGCUUCUGAUCGUUACCGCUCCAAUCGCUUUACUUUAUAUAAUUUGUAAAAAAAUGUGUUGUUCAGGAGGAGAUAAGAAGAAACAGAAAAAGAAAUCGAAAAAAGAAUAAAUAAUACGUUUGUUUGUUUUUA